UCAUCAUCCAUGGUAACCAAACGGGUGCGGCACCUGUGCCAGGUGUAUUUGACUAUCAAAUAGCACAGAGAAGCAGCGCCGUCUCUACCGGCCAGAGAAAAACAAGAGAAAAGACAAGUCAGACUACAUGAAAGCCCGAUGACAUCCGAGAAAACAUGAACUGGGGAUUUCUGGAGAGUGUGUUGAGCGGAGUAAACAAGUAUUCUACAGUCGUCGGACGGGUUUGGCUCUCCGUCCUCUUCGUUUUCAGGAUCCUGGUGUUCGUGGCCGCCGCCGAGCAGGUGUGGAAGGAUGAGUUCAAAGACUUUGUGUGCAACACUCAGCAGCCGGGCUGCGAGCAGGUGUGUUUCGACCACUUCUUCCCCAUCUCACAGGUGCGUCUGUGGGCCUUGCAGCUGAUCAUGGUGUCCACUCCGUCGCUGCUGGUGGCGCUGCAUGUGGCCUACAGGGAGCACAGAGAGAGCAAACACAAAAGAAAGCUGUACCAGGACAAGGGCAGCAUCGACGGAGGUCUCCUCUUAACAUACAUCACGAGUCUGGUCCUCAAAACCUCCUUCGAGGUGGCGACUCUCCUCGCUUUCUAUUUUCUGUACAGCGGCUUCAACGUCCCCCGACUGCUCCAGUGUGAAGAGAGCCCCUGUCCCAACACUGUGGACUGCUACAUUUCCAAACCCACAGAGAAAAAGAUAUUUCUGUAUAUUAUGGGAUGUACGUCUAUUCUAUGCAUCGUACUGAAUGUGGUGGAGCUGGUGUAUAUUGUCUCCAAACAGUGCUGGAAGUGCUUCAGUAAGAAGUAUGUUCCUGUGAACAUAAGAGUCGGCUGUCACAGUCGACCUCCUUCCGUGGUGACUCUCGGUUCGGCCGCGCCACACCCGUUAUCAGCGUCUAAAGAGGGGGGACUUCAAUCUGCACUGGCGGGAAAGGACAACCCUACUCUUAAUGCUGCGUGAAAUAUGGACUGUUGGAUGUUUUUCUUUUCGGAUUGGAAUCUGCUAAAAAUUCAUACGUCACUCUCUAAUAACCAAAUCAGACCAAAUGAAUAGCAUCAUUUCAUUCACAUUUCUAAAAGAACUGAGGUUGGUCAAGUGUUAUGUGGGCAAUUUCACUCUCAGCGUUAUUGAUGUGACAUUUUCUAUCAAAACUUGAAUUAGAGUGUUUAUAACCAAUGUAUUGAAGUAUCUCUCUAAAGUCCAGACAUCAGAAAAAUAUAUUAUAAGUUUCUAUUUAAAAAAAAAAAACGGGAACAUGUGACAAAAAAAGGAAAGUUUCUGUGAGAUGACAUUUGUUUCAGAAUUUCUGUGAAUUCAAAUGCACAACCCAGAAGCAAUGAUACCCAACAAAUGGUUCUUUGUACAACAUAAGGAAAAGAAAUAAGGAAAUGGACUGUUAUAGAUGUGACAAUUCUGAAAACAGCACUUACCUGACAAUGUAAAAAUCAUACUUUAUCAAUAAAGAGAAGGAUGAAGGAAAAAUAAUAUACGGUUUAUGUUUGGCUAGUCGCUAGUGUCUAAUAUACUAUAUAAUAAACUAUUUAUAUUUUAUUCAUGUUAAUAUUCAUUUGUGUUAUUAUUUUAUUGUAUAAUAAUUGUAUUAAUUCAACGAUUUGUUGUUGCAUGUUCAUUUUAUCAAAUAAAUAAACUAUUUGUUGAAAGUG